CUGCAUACUCAAACUUAUACAUUAUAUCAGUAUAAAAGAGUUAACUUUUCAAGCCAUAAAAGACAAUUGCUCAAUAUUGUUAUAAACUUAUUCAAAUCUACUUCACUUUAUUCGUUUAAUUUUUUUGCUAUGCUACAAUAAAUUUUGUUUCUAAAUAAUUUUAUUCCAUUAUUAAAAAAAUAAUAAUGGGCUUUUUUAAUUUAUCAAAUAUUACAAUUUUUUUAUUGUUAAUUAUUCUUAAAUUGAAUCUGUCGUCAGGGGCAUCAGGUAAAAUUAAAAAAGGCAGUCCAAGUAGAUUGGAAGACAACAGAAAUAAAGUCAAUUUUGCUGGAGUUUCUCAUGUAAGCGCAUCUAUGCAGGCAACAUCAUUGGAUGGAGAUGGAAACGAUAACCUUUGUUUUAAUCAUGGAACAGCGCGUAGUUAUCAAGUUUACUGGAAUGUACCGACUUUUAUGUGUCAGCAGUAUGGGAUAAAUAUAAAUGAUUUAAAUAAAUUUGGAAUUUGUCAGAAUGAAAAUGAUAAAUUUCUAGGAGAAAAAAUUGUCAUACUCUAUGACCCUGGAAGGUUUCCGAAAUUGAUUCAAAAUGAUAAUGGUACAAUGACUCGAAGAAAUGGUGGAGUCCCACAAGAAGGUAAUUUACAGAGUCACUUGGAUGCAUUUACGACCCAAGUAGAAGAGGAAGUUGAGGAAAAUUUUUCUGGACUGGCUGUAAUAGAUUUUGAAAGUUGGAGACCGAUAUUCCGUCAAAAUUGGGCGGCACUCUUGCCCUAUCGAUACUUGUCAGUACGACUGGAAAGACAGCGAAACCCAUCUGGGAAAACGAGAUCAAUAAACCGACGGGUUAUUCAGUCAUUCGAAAGUGCUGCGAAAUUAUUCAUGGAGGAAACAAUUAAAUUGGCCAAAAGAUUACGUCCGCGCGCACACUGGACCUACUAUGGGUAUCCUUACUGCUACAAUUACACGCCAGGUGCACCAUGGGCUUCGUGCGAACCCCAAACACUCAGAGAAAAUGACAGAUUAUCAUGGUUAUGGGAAUUAGAAGAUGUGAUAUCGCCAUCAAUGUAUUUACGCUAUCCAUUAUCAACCGAUCAACGAAUAGGAUUGGUCGCUGGCCGAUUACACGAAGCCGUAAGAAUAAAGACAGCAUUUCCAAAUCGACCAAUAAUUCCGGUUUUUUGGUUCAAAUUUAUAGAUAAACCCGAUAUUUAUCUAACUAGGGAAGACGUUAGGAGUAGUUUCGAUACAAUGAUUAAAAAUGGUGCCGAUAGUCACAUGAUUUGGGCUAGCUACCUCGAUGUUAAUAGCAGAGACAAGUGUCUUGAAGUUAAAAAAUAUAUAAACGAUAUUCUCGGACCAGCUGUAGAGGAAGUAAAACAAGCGUAUCACCUGAUGGGUCACGUUUAAAAACCACAGCUCCAAUAAUUUUAAAUCUUCAUUCUUUUUAGUGCAAUGAAGAAAGAUAUUUCAAAAUUUAUUUUCUUGUAAUAACAAUAAAUGAACCCAGCGAAAAAAAUAUUAUUGCUAAGAAAUAAUUAUUGUAAUAAAAGUAUCAUACAUUAUCGAUAUUUAUCAGGAAUUAUAAGUAUAUUUUUGUUCCAAGACUUUGUUGAUGUGAACGACGUUGUAUGAUCCAAUAAAUUUGAGUCCAAUCAUUGGGACCCAUAGUUAACAACAAAAUUGUUUAUCGACUUUGUUGGGUUUCUUCCACUAGAUACUGAGUAAAAUAAAUAG